AUGGGUGCAGUGUUGGGCCUUUGUUCAGCUGCUCAGUUGGCAUGUUGCUGUGGCAGUGCAGCUUGUUCCCUGUGCUGCUCGGCGUGUCCAUCAUGUGCCAACUCGACGUCCACUCGUCUCAUGUACACACUCAUGCUGCUACUGGUAAUGGUGGUGGCUUGCGUCACACUAGCUCCUGGAUUACAUGAUGAAAUGCAAAAGGUUCCAUUUUGUAAAAAUUCGACAAACUAUAUACCCGGCGACUUGAAAGUAAACUGUGACCAGGCUGUUGGCUAUUUGGCAGUGUACAGAAUAUGUUUUGCAACAUGUCUCUUCUUUGUUUUGAUGGCUCUUAUAACAAUUGGAGUAAAGUCGUCUAAAGAUCCCCGUGCUGGUAUACAAAACGGCUUCUGGGGCAUCAAGUAUCUGGUUGUUAUUGGAGGCAUAAUUGGGGCUUUCUUUAUACCUGAAGGACAAUUUGCUUCAACCUGGAUGGUGUUUGGCAUGAUCGGCGGUUUUGGCUUCAUUGUUAUACAACUCAUUCUAAUAAUAGAUUUUGCGCAUUCUUGGGCUGAAAGAUGGGUUUCCAAUUAUGAAGAAACGCGUUCGAAGGUCUGGUAUUCGGCACUACUGUUCUCCAUGCUCAUUGGCUUCACCCUCGCAUUCAUUGGAGCCAUCCUGCUUUUCAAGUAUUACGCUGAGCCAGAGGGCUGUGGUCUGUACAAGUUCUUCAUUUCAAUAAACCUGAUCCUCAUCCUGAUUGCGAGCGGUAUAUCAGUCCUGCCGGCGGUGCAAGACCACCAGCCGCGCUCGGGGCUGCUGCAGUCGGGCGUGGUCGCCAUGUACGUCAUGUACCUCACUUGGUCGGCUCUCUCCAAUGGCUCCAGGGAUUGCAACACAGUCGCGACCUAUCAGGACGAAAUUGGAUAUUGGUCAUCCUUCGACAAGCAGUCUAUCAUCGGGCUGGUCAUUUGGGUGUGCAGUGUAUUGUACUCGUCAAUCAGAACUGCGUCCUCCUCCUCUAAAAUCACCAUGUCGGAGCAUUUCCUAGCCAAGGAAGGCGCAGGGCAAGGAGGGCUCAUUGCUAACGAAGAGGGCGCUGACGGUGGCGAGGCGGGCCGUACUGAGGAGACCAAGGUGUUCGACAACGAGAGCGACGGCGUGGCCUACUCCUGGACGUUCUUCCACGUCGUGUUCGCUCUAGCAACCUUGUACAUCAUGAUGACACUCACAAAUUGGUACAACCCGAGUUCACAGCUUUCGAAGGAGAAUGUUGCCUCGAUGUGGAUCAAGAUCACAUCUUCUUGGCUGUGCGUGGGUCUCUACAUCUGGACUCUGGUCGCACCAGCCAUAUUCCCUGACAGAGAAUUCAACUAG